AUGGAGCGUGAAAAACAACCGUUAAAAAAAUUCGUGCAGGCGGUGGCUGCCGACAAUGCAUCAGUGCACCGGCCUCCUCUUUACCAAUGCCAAUCGGUCGGUCCUCGACCUGGCCCGGUCUUGCCCUUGGGCGAACUCUCCGAAGAUGAAUCACUCGGAACUGGAAAUGUUCCGGUCACCAAGAAAAGGCCCCUCCUAGGGUCCAAGGAACCCCCCAGGGGGCAGCAUAUCUUUACCAAUGUGGAGGAUCUGAUAAACGGGACACAGGUCAAUGGACCCUGGCCCAUUGAUCACCCUUUGCCGUUACCCAGAUGGUCGCAGGAUGAGGGCAAGUGUUUCAAGUUACAAUCCGUAACUGAAUUUCAAGAUGUGGCCAGCAGGAUCGAGAUGCAUCUUCAAAAAGUACUGGAGGAACAGAACUACAAUACGAUAGGAAACUUCUUAACCUUCUACCAGGCUUACAAACAAAGUACCAUCAGUAAUGUGCUGGAAUUUUUCCAAACUUACACUCCAAGGAUAUCGUCCAAGAAAUACACGUGUGUGGGUUUGGCAUUCGAAUUAUGGCUGAGAUUGCAAAAAUUGGAGAGCCUUUAUCCAGAUUUAGGAAAAUAUUUGUACGUCGUGUCAUGCGAAGAAAACAUUGAGUCUCUGGUAGAAUAUUCGACUCGAUUAGAUUCUGCAUCCACUACUUUAGAAAAAGAACACAUUCUGUUAUGUUUGAAAUUUGAAAUUGAAGGAAGACUUGGCGUUUUGUUAUGUGAUCCAGGAUACCACGUUGCCCGAGUAGUUACAGUUAUGGCGGAUAAAGCUUUUCCAAACACUGGUUGGUUUGUUCAGUCAGAGGAAAACAACAUUCGAAAAGAGUACAACUACCAGAUUUCACCUUUUAGCGACAGAUUUGUUGAAUGGAAUGAAAGAACUACAAAAGGAGGCAACCAAGAAAAUUUUACUGGUCUAAUUUACAUUGAAAGACCAUAUGUUACUGCAGUUGAUGUCACAGAAAGAAGAAAUCUGGUUUACAAUUUCAAAAGUUUAUUGAGUAGAGAUCAAAAAGGUCAUCUCAUUGCUGGUAUUUAUUUCAAAGUAAAGGAGAACAGUGAUGAAUUUACAAUUUUCUAUCAAGAUAUGGGAAAACAACGGUUAAAGAUGAACUUUUCGUGGUUCUUGAAAGAUGAGAUUAAACAAGACCUCCUUACAAAAAUCACUAUUUGCAAUGACCAACUAAACUUGGAAGAGGGGCAGUUACUGAAAAUUAUACAGGAUGUCGGUAACCUUCUCAAUGACAAAUUAUAUUUACAUAAGGUUUUGGAAAUUGAGCACUGCAUCAACUUGUUGUCUGCAAACAACUAGCAUAUAGCAAAUACAGUGUUUGAAACUGGGGAUUACACGUCUAUAUUAAUUAUAUUAGGGGUUUUGGUUUGUUUUGUCGUUUUGUAUUAUAAUUUAUUCACACUUAACUUGUACAGGCAUUAAAUUUAUAUUUUAACUAUUAACUAAUUAUUUUGAUAAAUUAUAAGGCUUCAAUUUUAUUAUAAUAGUUUGUAUAACGUUAUAAAUUUAGAUUAGUAGAAUUUAGAAGUUUUAUCAAUAUUCUAUAUAAAAACUUUAUACAGUGUGGCAUAAAAAGCGAAUAAAACAAUAGAAUUACUGUUUGUAUUUAUAAUAAGAAAUAUUUAGUAGGAAUUCCUUACAAAUCAUCAUUCACUAUACUAAUUAGUUUUACAUUUACUACAAUUUUAUGAUUCGCUUUUUUGCCUAUGGCUGUAGAAUGAUAUAAAAUUAUAUUAUUUUCAAUAUAUAGAUUAUUUGAAUACUGUACUCGCUAUAAAGCAAAAAAUAAAAUAAAAAGUAUAUUUUA